AUGGGAAUGGGAACAAAGGUGCAUUCUGAAACCUUAUCACCUGGAGGAUAUCAUCACUCUAUGAGAGAUCUCAACAACGAUUCCAACGGUUUUAGUAGAUUGCCAUUGUUCAACAGUGACAGUAAUAAUAAUAGAAACUCAGCCAAUGAUCAAUCCUACAAAGAUGUGGUGAGAAGAACAAUGCUCGAACACGAAGCUGUUUUCAAGUCACAGGUUUUGGAACUUCACCGGGUUUACGGGAUACAAAAGGACAUGAUGGAUGAACUGAAAAGGAAACAGUUUAAUAAAGAAUUGUUUCCACACGAGGCAUCAUGUUCAUCUCAAGCUACUAAUGAUGAUCUCCGUAAAUGGAAAACGCCUACUUUCCCUUUGUCAAACUCGGUUUACGAUAAGCCAUCCAUGUCGGUAGUGGAGGACAGUGGCCAUUCUCCCAUGAAAGGUAGCAAUUCUCAAGGGGUUCCAUGGCAAAAUGGAGCUUGUUCCAAGGAGGUUGUUAGGCCGACGAAAAUCAGGAAAAAGAUGAUAGAUCUUUGUCUUCCGGCUGAUGAGUACAUUGAUGACAGUGAAGACGUUGUAGAGUUGAAAAAUCACAGAGUUUGUGGCGCAUAUCCUAAUGGAGCUGAGCCUCGAGGAGAUAGUCUGAGAGUUGGGUAUGGGUCUAGUAGUAGAAGCAAUGGCUUGGCUGAUUUGAAUGAACCAUUUAAUGCUCAAGAAUCACAUGAAGUUGCUUAUGGCCACUCCCGUGACUACGGAAAGGUUCUGAACUCAGGCAGUGUAAGGGAGCAUGUUCCUGUUACCUCUCUGUAUCCAGAUGAGAACGGUAAACCGAAAGCUUGGCCACAACAACACCCCUUAAGAAUUGAUCAUUACAGUGGCACACAUAAGUCUGGUACUCCAUUUCUUCAACCGAGCAAGCCACUGGAUUCAAUGUCUCAGCCUAUGCAAAUGAACAGUUCACAAAGAGUAAUGGGUUUACCUAAUGCUGGUCCUCCAAGCAAGGCAGACUUCUGGAGAGGAAAGACGUUUAUUGACCUAGAAGCUGAUGAUACCAACACUAGUCAUGAAAUCAUCCAUGAAUCAAGUUUUGCUUCUCAUCAACCACGCCACUUGUAUCCAUAUAAUCCUCCAGAGUCUGCUGUUCCGUGGAACCGUCCGCAUUCUUCUUGGCGUCAUCCUAACUUUGGCAUCCCUCAGAGAGUUGCUUCAUCGCAGAGAUAUCCGGUUCUUAACCUCUCUGACACAAAUGCUCAUAAACAAGGGUGUCUCGGAGAUAGAUUACAGUUUGAAAGCAAUGCUAGAAAUAACAUGUUUUACAAUGAGUGUUCUUCUUCAUCGAAAUCAAAGUUCUCUGGGACUGGCUAUAAUUAUCCUAACGGAGGAAGAAAUGAUUAUACCCCGGGGAAUGCAUUCUUGGAUCUGAAUGGCUCUGAGGUGAAGUCCGUGAGAGAUUUGAACUUGAAUGUGACACUUUCAAACACUUCUGUUGUUGAAGUCAGAAAGGAUGAGGAACAUCUGGCUACUUUACCAUGGCUUGUAAAACCCAAGUCUGCUUGUAACUCUGAGGCGGCUGAUGGGAGAUGGAAUCUUAACAGUAAUGAAGCUGUUCCGAGCUCUUCUUUGAAACCUUCCAACGUCAAAGAGGAGGCAGGAAACAGUGUUCAGAACCUUAUGUGGCUUGAGAGGUUAAAGUCUGGUUCUUGUUCAAGUAAACCAGAGACUGAGAAGCUCAGAGCUGGAACUGCUUAUAGAGAUGAAUCCAACGCAGAAAGAGAUAAAGUUAGGAUAAUGCUAGACAUUAACGAACCGUGUGAACCACUUUCUGAUGAGGAUCAGCAAACGGAGGAACAGACAGGGACAAAGGUUUCGGUUAGUAGUAAGUGUAAUUUUGAUUUGAACAUGUCAGUUAGUGAAGAUGAAGAUGAAAGCUGCUCUGCUCCUACCACCAGUUCAAGACUGAACUUAAAGAGACCUAUGAUAGAUUUGGAAACUGUUCCUGAGUCUGAUGUUGAAGAAGAUGAUGUUUCUGGAGAAAAACCAUCAGAAGAGACACCAAAAACUCUUGAGAAACCGCCAGAGUUUGAAAACAUAGCAGCAGAAACUAUAGUUGCCAUAUCUUCAGCUUGCCUAGAUAGAGAGCUUGAAGCUAUUGCUUCAUCUCCAGAAACAGCCAUCCUUCACUGGUUUGCAGAAACAGUAGACACGCACAGAGAGAAUCUAGACCAAAAGCUAGCUUCUGUCUCGAGGUACCAAUCGCGUUCUAUUGAAGAGAUAGAUUACUUCGAGUCAAUGACCCUGCAGCUACCUGAGAUCAGAGAAGAAGAGUACAUGCCUACACCGUUAGUCCCUGAAGACCUCAUAUUAGAGGAAACCUCUACGGUCACAAGCCACCAAAGACCAAGAAGAGGAAACGCUAGAAAAGGAAAACAGAGACGAGACUUCCAAAGAGACAUCCUCCCUGGACUUUUAUCUCUUUCGAAACACGAAGUAACAGAAGACAUUCACAUGUUUGAUGGGUUCAUGAGAGCAACGGGGAGCUCCUGGACUCCAACCGGUUUAACGAGGAAGAAAACAGGUGCAAGAGGAAGACCAAGACGUGUCAUAACAGUCCCUGAACCGGUGGUGUAUUACCCGGUUCAGGCUCCUCCUUGUCCCCCUUCGGUUCAGGCUCCUCCUUGUCCCCCUUUGGUUCAACAACAUGUGGGGAACAAUGGUGAGAUUGAAAUGGGGUUUGAAGAUGGAAGCUUUGGAGGUUGGGGUAAAAUGACAAGAAGGCCGAGAAGACAGAGAUGUCCUGUAACUACAAGUGUAACCAACGUUCAACAUCACACGCGGAUGUCACGUGAUGGUUGGGAGUAAUUGUAUUUUGAUACCAUAGAUUAUCAUCAUUACUUGUCUGAUUCUUUUCCAAAAUGUUUAUCGUAUAGAGAGGUAGAAAGAUAUAAUAUCAGACUGUUUGUG